AUGUUUUUCAAGUGCGAGACCUGUACGGACGGCUUCUACACCCAAUGGGCGCGUGACAACCACAUGAACGAUGAAGAGCACUGGCCGAGAUGUGAUACAUGCGAUGAGACGUUCCAGACCUUAAGCGCUUGCGAACAGCACAUGCAUGAUCUCGGGCACUGGCCAAUAUGCGAAAUCUGCAAGCGUCUCUUUGGGACAUGGAGCGCCUGUGAGGAACACAUUAACGAUCUAGGCCAUUGGCCGCCAACUGUCCCAUGCGAAACCUGCGACGAAAAAUUCCAUACCCAACCCCUCGCCGAGCAGCAUAUGAGAACGCUUGGACACUACGGGAACUACUGCAAGAGCUGCGAUCAAUUCUUUGACAACGAGAACAAUCUGAGAAAGCACUUUAAGUCGUCUAGGACCCAUCAGGGCUCGAACAGGGCCUGGCGCCAUUCCCACAACGACAACACCAUCACGACUGGCUCAAUACAUCAUCUCGAGACCGGAUCCAGCAUUGACGCUACGAGGAUUAAUCGGCAAACGACCCAACGCGUGGCCAGUUACAUUGAUACCCAGAGGCUGCUCACACAUCAAAGCCAUUGGCGAGACGACGAGAAUAGACAGUACCUAGCGACUCACAAAGCCUGGAAUGGAUAUGGGUGGGAAUGCUACGUGUGCCACAGGGAGUUUUUGAGGUGUGUGGGUCUGGGAAAUUAUCUGAACUCGUCGGCGCAUCGCCAGCGAAUCUAUCACUGCUCUAACGAGAACUACGCAAAAGAGUUUUCUAGCCUGGAUGGAAUGUUCAACCACCUGGAAAACGACGCGUGCUCGAUCGCAAGGUUCGAUAGGGGCCCAAGGGGAGUUAAGUCUUCUUCGAGGAGGUCAAUUGGAAAGUAUGACCUGAUGCGACUGUCUCCCUCUUCCGAGGAAUGA